UGCCUUGGGAUUUGGCGACUUCUUCGUGUGUUGCACUGUGUCCAUAUUGACUAUGACUCUCUACGUGCGUUGGAGCACUCCCGGAAACUGCGGUACGCUCGCGUUGUUGUCUCGUUCACAUCAUGCACAUCACCUCCGUCGUCACACUCUCGCACUUUCACUGUUAGUUACUGCUAUCACUUUACAAACAUCGUCAAAAUGCCAGACUUUACGGUUCAAGUCGACUCCGCUUCAUACGAUCUGAUCCUCCAACUGACCUGUCCAUAACCAACUCCCCAGCCAUGGCUGAUCCUACACCAGCCGAUGAGCCUUACGGUAGAGCAACCGACACACCCAGCGGCCUGUCCAAUGCCGACCCCAUCGUCAGUAUAACCCCCACUCCCAUAGACAGCGAGCCAAUCCUUCCCGACACUCCCUACCACGAUGACGGCGAAGGCGUCCCUCGCGCCUCCGAGGGCCUCCUCACCGUCCAACUCCUGGUCCUCCGCUACCUCCAAGAUCAUCCAGCCGACACCGUCACCUCAUCACGAGCCAAUGCAUGGACUGAAGCGAUUGACUCGCAACACGCCCCAUCCGUGCAAGAAGUGCUCCGUCUAUGCUAUUACAUGCGACAAUUAGGAAUCGCUACAUUCUGUCAAAUGAGGCCUGACAAAAAAGAGAUUGCGUUAUACAUCGUGAAUGCGGUCAAUCUCACUCGUAGGUCUGACCACUGUUACUGGGUUCAGAAUUUCAGCACCGGUGCUGUGGGUCUACCCAGGAACCGACUGAACGAUAGGUCUAUUCACCGACUGUUGAGGGAGAUGUUAGCCCGCAUGCGAGAGAGGAUAGUUGGAGCGCAAUGGCUUCACACUCAGGAAGUACACCAAGAGGAGGUAUUGAGAAUCGCUGAGGAUCUGCUCGGUGAAGCUACAAACCUCGCUGUCGAUCGAGGCGCUGGCGCUCGUGGUGAGGGCGAUGCGGACCUUCAAGCCGCGAUACAAGCUUCGUUGGAAUUGGCAGUGCGAGGCCAGGCACAGGCAGUUGGGGGCUGUGGGGAAGCGUCUGGGACGCAAAAUGCAUAACAUUUUGGCAUAUUUUGGAACCAGCCUCUAAAUGAGUCCUUUAGCUGAACCCGCUUUACAAGGUGGAUAGCACGUACGGGGGACUGUUAGCACGCUAACUUUGUACAUGACGCUUCCCAGAUUUGGAAUGAUUGG